GUAGUUCAUUGUAUUAGUUAGCCGCCAUUUUGAAAGCGUUUCAGUUUUUAAAUGGAACGCUAUAAUAUUGAGUAUAGUUGUUAAUAAUAUUGUGAAUUCAGACAUUUUUGAAUCUAUGAUACAAUAAACAAGUUCUUUGAAAUAAUUUAUGUCUCUGAACAUAUAUGAACUAGUUUAUCAAUUAUCGUAUUGAACACUGACAUGACGAAUGGCGACCAUUGUGUGAAGGAAAAGUGCUGAAAAAGUGUCCAAUAUGGAACCCUUGAAUUCUCAACUACUUACAAAGGCGCUGAACUUUCAUGGUCAGCAGUUGCAAAAGUUAUGGGAAGGAGAAUUUGGAGAAAAUGACCUUGUGCGAAGAAACAUUAAGGAUUUGAAUUUCCAUGUGUAUGGCCAAAGACAAAAGAAUUUGUCAUUUCAAGAUAGAGGAAAAAGAUUGAAACUUCAACAGUUCCUCAUAAAAAAGGCCAAUUCUAUUUAUAGUUUGGAAUCUACAGCGCUAAAAAAUGCUGACAAGCUUGUUACUGAGGAUAUGUAUGCCAUAAUGCCUCCCUUCGAAACUUACAGUAGUGUCGACAAGCAAAAACGUUUACAAUUCUUUAUGAUGAAUGUCAAAGUAGGAGAUUUGAUUUUGGGAACAAUUGUAAGCAAGCAGCAGUCCGGCAUGAUGUUGAAAGUAUUGUGCACUACAGGAAUUGGUGCUACCAUCCUUUAUGCUGCUGAUAUUAAUGUUAAGGCCUUUUGUCCUGUGGCAAAUAUUAUACCUGCGGUAGAUAAGAAAGGGGUAACUCGUAGUUAUAUGAUGAACGACUAUGUGUGCUGUGAAGUUCUGGAGAUUAUAGCGGACACUGAUAAGGUUGUGUGUGGCAUGAAGGGCGUUUCAAGAAAACCAAGUGACCCAGAACAUCGUCCCCCAUUGGGACUAAUCACUACUGACGAUUUUCCCAUUGUAUACAAAAAAGCAUUGGAUUACAAGAAUGAGAGUUACGACAGUGUGUUAGAGAAGAGCGUCGGUUUCAAUAACCCCAAUAACAUACAAUAUCUCUCUGAACUGAUGGGCGUCAACAAAUAUAAUACCUUGAUGAAUAAUUUAAGGUUCAAAUUUCCAGAAAAUGAGUAUGCCAAAGAAUUGAGGCAAGUACAGGCCAGCAAAUGGGCGUACCGCAACGUAGCCGACGGUAUUGAUCACUUUAAAGCUGGAAAACACGUUGAGGCUUUCCAAUGCCUUAACAAAGCUCUAACUAUAGACCCAAAGAACGUUGAAGGUCUCGUGGCACGCGGUGCUCUUUACGCCAACAAUGGAAACUUUCAAAAAGCCAUAGAGGAUUUUGAAACUGCUUUGAAAUUGAACCCGAAUCAUGCCAAUGCUCGCAAAUAUAUGGGAGAGACUCUAGUGGCACUUGGGAGGAAUUACGAGGAAGAAAACAAGGUGGAAGAGGCCAGGAAAGCGUACCAGAGCUGCCUAAGUAUCAUACCUUAUCACGAAGAGGCUCAGAAUUCGUUGGAGUUUCUCAAAAACAAGACCCAACCAAAGGCAUUGAUUGAGCCUGCUGAACUAUUGUUACCCACCCUAAAUAUUCCCACCACAAAAGCCCCUGAUGUCAACGAUGCCCUCAAACAGUUGCUAAAAACAGAAGACGAAGAAAAGAAAGACAAGAAAAAGAAGAAGAAAAGCAAGAAGCGUAAGAACCGAAAGCACUCCAGUUCUAGCUCCAGCUCCAGUUCUUCUGGCAGUGGAGACUCCUCAAGCAGCUCCUCCAGUAGCAGCAGUGGUGAUUCCAGCUCUUCGUCUGGCGAUUCAGACUUCAAGAAACGCAAGAAGCACCGUUCGAGGUCACACAAGCGCAAAGAGCGAGAAAACUCCUUGAGCCCCCUAAGCAAGCGCAUGGCGAUGAUGGAUCAAUCACACGACACACCAACGACUAAUUUCAAUUUCAACAAACCGGCAGCCACAAGUAACUUUGAGUUCAGCUUUGAGCAGCCUGAGCAACCAAAACCUGUAGAAAAUGAAUAUGAAGCCAAAUUGAGAGCUUUCCUUUCAGACACUAAAGGCGAUUCUGACUAUGAGGAAAAAGUAAGGAAAUUUUUAGAGGAAAGUGCCAAAUGGAAGAAGGGCAAAGGAGGCGAGGAAAAGAAAAAAAAGAAGAAGAAGGAAAAGAAAUCCAAGAAAGACAGCAAGAAGAAGAAGAAAAAGGAAAAGUUGAAGAGGAAGCAGAAUUUUGAUCUUUCCGAGCUGGACGAUCACAAAAAGUUGCGAGAUGCCAUUAAGAAAGAGCUGAGCAAAGAGAAAAAAUCUAAAAGGCACAGCAUACCAUCUGACGACGAAGAGUAUUUCCUUCAAAAGUCUGGUUACAGUAAAAGAUUUAUUGAUAGUUUACCAGAUUUAGAAGAGUUAGAAUCAAAAUUAAAUGCAUAUUAUGCCCUUGAGAAGGAUAAUAAACGUAAGGAUCGUAGUGAAAGUCCCAAGCGUUCCAUGUUGGAUUCUCCGUCCCCUACAAGGGAGCAGAAAGCUCGUCAAGCAGUCGCUGAGGCCGCAGCGUCGGCCGGAACACAAAAAUGGAAAAUGCAAAUAGGACCCGGAACGUCUGGAAAUUCUAGAUUUAAAAAGAAGCAACCAGAGAGGCCUGUCCCAUCUUCAGAAUGGGGUGCCGAACAAGAUAAACACAGUAAAAAUGGUAAGUUGUUGAAAGUGAUGAGUGCACGCGAUAAGAUUUUAACAAUGGUAUACAUUCUAGGUGCUAAUAUGGAUGAUUCUCCACCAGUGACGAAGAAAUCUGCACCUGCUUCUCUGCAGCCAGCAGAGAAAGCUGUUAGCAUUAGAAAAGCUAUGGCGAUGAAAGAACCACCGCCGAAAAAGCCUGAUUCUCCCAAGAAACCCAAACCUAUGGUUCCGCCAUCCAUGCCAAAAAUUCCUACUGGCCAAGUGGUUUUGGAUAAGUUUGGGAACUUUAGACUUAUGACUCCGCCAGAAAUUAAAAAAUCUUUAGGCGAACAGCCACCGUUUCCACCAGGCCGGCGCCCGCCAGAGCCUCCAGGGCGUCCGCGGUCCGACAGCCGCAGCCCGAAGCGUGGCCGCAGCCGCAGUCGCAGCAAGUACAGCCACUCGCGGUCAUCAAGCGGGUCGAGGUCGCGAUCACGCAGUUACCGCAGCCGGUCGCGCAGCUACUACAGCCGGUCGCGAUCGCGAUCCGGGUCGUACUACUCGCGCAGCCGGUCGCGGUCGCGCAGCUACUCCGGCGACCGGAGGCGGUACCGCAGCAGGGGCGGCUUCCGCGGCAGAUACAACGACCGGGGGACAUACUACAAGCCGCGCUUCCAGACGCCAAGGCAUAACAACCAGCGCGGCAGGGGCGGUGGAUAUUAUAAUAAUAGGGAUUCUAGGUACAACGACAGAGACUACCGGGGUGGUAGGGGCAGGCCUUAUCCGUACCAGAACCGAGGAGGAAGGAGGCCCAGAGGCAGGUAUGCCAGAGGAGGGUACCGGGACUACAGAGACAGGAGAUAUGACAGAAGCCGUUCCCGAGAUAGAGAUCGCAGCCGAUCGUACAGCGGAAGCAGAGAUUCAGAUGGUUCUCCGCCUAAACGGGACAGGUCUGCUGAAAAGGAGAAGAUCAACAAGUACUCUGACGGUGAUGCUCCCGUCAGACACGAGGGGCCUCUGUCUGAAGGCGAGGACAGGGACGACUACACCACCACAGACACUGGUAAGCUGAUAAACAGAGACACUUACGCGGGAAAGUGGGCUGAGAAGGGAGAAGACAAAGAAGGUGGCAGUUCCUCCGCCAAAGAUAACAUUCCUUCUGAAACAAAUAUCGAGGAGAUGGACAAGUUCCUUGACAAAGUGAAGAAAGAUAAGAAAGAAGAGAUGAUGGAAAGGAAUAAGGAUCUGUUGAAAUCGAAAGCCUGAUCCUGAGCAGAUGACGGUUAAUAUUAGAGUUUCCAAAAUAUUGUGUUUCAAUGUUGAUGAAGAAUAUGGACAGCACUUUAUUUCAAUUUCAUAAUUUGUUUUAUGUUACAUAUGUUUAAUAAUAAUAAUGAUAAUAAAACAUUCAAUACUAGGAAGAUA